GAAAAAAGGCUACGAGUAAUUUCGGUUACUUGACUAGUGCGCGGUAUAAAGUUGUUUUUCUUUUUUUUGCUCUGGCAACUGGCAAGUGGCAAGUGGCCGUCUUCGGUCACGCGUGUCAGUUCUUUAGCUCCGUCGUGUGUAAGGACGGACUUUUCUGUUCCUUCAUUUUUUAUUUUCUCCUUCAAUUGCGGCGACGAGUUACAGAGAUCAUCACGUUCCUCGGCCCUCGUGCGUACAUGUGCGUGUAACUGUGUGCGUGUGUGUUUUUUCUUUAUUUCCCAGUGUGUUUUGGGCAAACGUAACGGGGCAACGAUUUUUCCCCCCCAAGUUAUCGGGCGUAAUUACAAUUUCUUCUCUCGCGCGUGAAAGUCGUUUGGACUAAUAAAAAAAUAAAUAAACACGCUUUCUUUCCGAUCGCAGCCGACGGGGAAACUGUCAAACUGUCAAAAAAUCGACAGCCACUUUUGGGAUCGAUGUUUUUUUUUUCCUAACCUGAAAGUUUUUGACGUUUGUAGAUAAACAAGCUCUAUUUUCAACGCUGAGGAUAAGAUCAUCGGGCUGCUGCGCCGCAUGAACGGAAGGGGAAAAAAAAAUGUAAUGCGCCUGUUAAACAGUGUGGCCUCAUGGCUCAGAAACGUCACUCCUCUUUAUCCAAAUAUUUGUCAAAACAGCCUUUUUCUACCCUGCAAAUUUACAAGGGGUCGUUUGUUGCCCAGAGAAAUGAGCCAAGGAGAGAAGCAAGGUCACAAGGAACGCAAGGAACAUCGAGAAAAAUGUAGAGCUUACAGGAAAUACUCGGAGUUGACACCGCCGAGCGUGCAGACUUGCUACGACAAUUAUGGAAAUUCAGUAGCGAGCAAAUCUAAUUCACUACCAGGGCGAUGUAACAGCAAUUCUCAAGUUUCGGGGGCGAGCGUCGCGACAAACAUUCAAGCGGAAGACCUCGCCACCCAGCUGACGCUCUUGGAUCUUGGUACUUUCAAAGGCAUAAGGCCAGAGGAAUUAUCCAGUUGUUCGUGGAACAAAAAAAAUAAGCUUCUCGUGGCUCCCAACGUUGUAGCGUUUACUCGAAGAUUCAACCACGUGAGCUUUUGGACGGUGCAAGAAAUCCUGAACUCCCCGACGCCGAAGCAGCGGGCUGAAACGAUAGCACAUUUUGUGAGGGUCGCCAAGAGACUCUACGACCUCAACAAUCUUCAUUCGCUCUUUGCCAUCAUUUCAGGACUUCAAAGCGCCUCGAUCUACAGAUUAAACAAAACCUGGUCUUGCCUCGGCAAAAAAGAUCGUGGCACUUUUGACAAACUGGCUGAAGUUUUUAGCGACAAGAACAACUGGAUGAAUCUCAGGGAGCACAUGGACACGUUGAAACUUCCCUGCAUUCCUUAUCUCGGCCUAUUUCUCACUGAUCUUGUUUACAUCGAUAUGGCCCAUCCAGCUUCAAAAAACAGCGACAAUCAUCAGAGAACACUCAAAAUGGAUAGCGUUUUGACGAGAGUGACAGUUUUCCAAGCGAGUGAAUAUCCCGGAAUUAUUCCUCUGCCGGACGUUCAAAGAUACCUCAAUAACGUUCGUUACAUCGAGGAGUUGCAGAAAUUCCUCGAGGACGAUCAUUUCAAGUUGUCAAUGAAGUUGGAGCCAAAUUCUCCGGUGGCGUCGUCGAGCAGCAGCAAAGAGUCGGUGGGCGACGUGGUGACGGGGGUGGCAGCGUUGUCGCUUUCCCCGGCUCGAGGUUGUGCCGGAUCGCUGCGUUUGCACGCAGCAUCAGCGGCAAAUAAAUUCGUGCCAGGGCACCGAAAAUGUCGAAGUUUGGGAACAAAAUUCCGUAGCACGAGUCUACCACGCAACUUCCACAAGCAGGGCGGACGCUACGGCUCUGGCUUGCCGAAUUCCGGUGUUUUCGGAAAAUCCGGAGCAGCGGCGAUGGAGACUGGCCAACUCACCGUCAGACACCUGCUCGACGAUUCCGUCCUCGAGGAACCCAAUCUCGUGCCCCAGAUCGUCGAUAUCGACGAACACUCGCCCGGCACGCCGACCGAUACUCUCAACGACGAUUGCAGUCUUCUCUCGAGAACGAGUACCGCUCCGACUCUGCCGGAUCUGGAAUUCAGCUUGGAACCUCGUUGCAGCAUGCAGGGCUCGUUACGACGCAAAGUUAUUCUCCGCGACGGUCGUAAGCCGGCGGUGUCGACGUGGCAGCGCUACUGGAUCCAGCUGUGGGCAUCGUCGAUCGUUUAUUUCUCACCAAAAUGUUUCAAAGGCUGCGACCGAUCGGAUUUCAAGCGAGAGCCCUACAAAAUGGUCUCUGUCCUCGGGUGGAUCGUCGAGCCCCUCGAAAACUCUUACCAUCGAGACACAUUCAUUCUCACCGAUCCUAACAAAGGAAACGUGUACAAAUUCAGAGCAGGUUCGAGUGACCUCGCCGAUCAAUGGUUCAAGGAGCUUCGCGCCACGGUGCGCGGUGCAACCGAACGAAAACCGAUACCAGCCAAUCUGAUGUCUUUCGAAUGAGAGGGGCAGGGCGGGGAGGAAAGAGGAUUUUUACGUGUUCCCGUUAAGCAACUACCAAUAAUGUAAUAAUCGUUACAUCAUUCGCCAAGCUUCCAUGUUUAACGCGCGCGCCGAAAGCUGAUAAAUCUUCGAGGAUUUCGCGAGACGAUAAAUUCGACCGAAAUAAAGCAGCGAAAGUCGACCAAGUUCGGCAAAUUCGUUGCUUCGAACGAGAAAACUUCGCAAAAUUCAUAUUUGCGAAUAAGAGAAACUCUCUGCACGAGCGAUCCGACUCGAAACUAAAAACCUUCAUUUUGCUCUCUAUCGAACAUUGCUUUGUUAAUUAUUUUCAUGAUUUUUUCACUAUUAAUACGUGUUUAGUCUUUGAACUUGCCAUCUUCGAUAUCGCGGUUAUUUCAAGCCUCUGAUUUUAUUUAUUUAAUCGUUAUUUACUAGAUUUUUCUGUUCAAUCGUUUAAGGGAGUGCACUAAAGUUCGCUGUUUUAUUGACAAAUGUGUAAAUAUUUAAAAUUUUUUACGCUAUUUACGUUUUUGCAAACGACUGAUCUACUUACUCGAAUCAAUCCCAAAGACCACAUAUUCUCAUGAGUAAAUUGAAGGAGUUUUUAAAACUUGAUAAAUUUAUCAUUUUUUUAUUUCACUUAUAAACGAGAAUUCACUCUCUCACGCUUCAAUAAGCGCGAAUACCGCGCGCUCAAUUUAUUCACGUAUCGUCAAUUAUAUAAAUUAUAGAUUUUUCUAAUUAAGAUCAACGUUUUUACGACUCGACGCUGCGAGAUCGGGCGAGAGGAAAAUUCAAUUAGGCAGACGCCAUGCUCGAUUUAGGCUACGAAUAUGGCGAUGUCCAUUAAGAAGGAAUUCAAAAAAUGAAAAUUCCACUCGAUCGAACGAACGAGAAUGGGAGAGAGCUUAGGACGAUUUUUGUGAGUCUCUCGUCCUCGCGAAUCACUAAUUUUGUUCCCUUUUUAUCGGCUAUGUCCGCAUAGCCGAGUAGCUCGCCUUUUUAUUCGGCAUAUCAUUAGGAAUAGAAACUUAAGAAAAUCGUCGUUACUUCGAUGUAAUAUUCAACGUUUCGGAAUAGGUCGCUUUUCCAAACGUUGUUUUAUUAACGCUUUCAUUUAUUUCGCUCUACAUCGAAUUGGCAUUCGAAUCGGGGAGAAUGUCGACGAGCUCGGAAGCCUGAAACGCUCGUUUUCUAAUUUUUGUUUCUCGACUCCCCCAAAACGAACAUUUUCCAUGCAAUAAAUAUGAAAUUUUCAAAAACUGUGACUAGCAUUUUUCGGCUGCAAAAAAAAUUGGGCUUUUGUGAAAAAUCGUCGAAAAUGGUGAAAAUUCGUUUUAUAUGGAGUCGAGAAAUGAAAAACCCCAAAGACCCGGAGACUCUGGCUUCAAAUUGUGAUGAAGCCGAAAUGAAGCGUCACUUGUGUGAGGGCUUCCGAUUGCUCGUCGAUGCUCCAACGACUCAAAUCUCCCCGACGAUGCUCCGUCUAUUCUUAUCGAUAAAUUGUGCGUCGUAGAAAGCGUUCGGGGGGCGUCUUAAGGGGAGAUAUUUAUUGUGAAUCAAUAGAGGAUAAUGCACUGAUGCGAGAAUGAAAAAAAAAAAAGUAAUAAUAACGAUAAUAAUAACGAUAAUUAACCAGCGAAAAAAGAGAUUCGUCCGAUUUGCGUACAAAGGAGAGAAAGUGAGAGAGAACGAGGAAACAUAUCAAUUCGUGUGUCGUUGACAGUAAAGUUGACAAAUAGCGAUCGAGAAAUAAAAAACCUUAAACCGAAGGAUUAAAAAAUCAAUGAAAUUCGACGGAUUCGAGUCCCCUAGAUUUUCGUAUAAAUCCCAUGAUUUUUCGUUCUCUCGAGUGCUGAUUACCGAGCAUCAUUGUACGAUGAAAAGAAGAAAAAAAAUGUCGAGCUUCGUGAAAAGGGCUGUUUAGAUUUUGUGCUUUCCGUUCUCGUGCCCCUUCGUAGUCCGAUGAAUAUUGCAUUGAAAUUUAACCUCAACGAGAGACUGACGGAUCGUGAGAGUUUUCAAGUUUUCUAAAUCGCUGUCUCGAAAAACUAAAAAAAUGUGAAAAAUCGUAGUCCAUUAGAAACAGCCGAUUUCGCACCUGACUGAAUCCAUCAACAGCAACAACAAAAAAGCGCUUCUCGUUCGUUUAUCACUUUGCUCAUUAUUCACGAUAGCUUAUCAUCGCCAGGAGCGAGUGCUACUUUCUCACGUGUGUGUGUGCGUGUGUGUGCGUGAGUGUGCGAGUGUCGAAAGCGAUGCGUCUAAUAUUUAGAGAGAAAAACGAUGCCAAAAAUAUCUGUAAUUUCCUACCUUCUGAGACUUUUUAUCCACCCACCUUCUUUUUUCUCGUUUAUUAGCCUCGAUUAAAUCCUCUUUGUACAGUAAUUACUUUAAGGCCGUCUCGAUUCGUCGAACGACACGAUCCACGGCUCAUUUUCCAUGGUUCCAACAAUUCAAAGAGCCUCCAAAUCAAACGUCAUCGGUUGCCUGAAUUUUUCUUCAAUUUCGAUAAUUUUUUUCAUCCCCUACAAACUGCGGUUGAUAAAAUUAUGAAAAAAAUGAUAAAAUUGACGAAAUAUGUUGGCGAAUUAUGGAAGACCGAAAUUGUAAUAAUUUGAGCGAUUUUUUCUCACCUUUGACGUCUCGAGACUGAACCAACAAAACCGUGAAAUUAUUUGCGAUUCGUUUGCCGCAUUCUCGUGCAACUGCACGAACAUUUCAAUUGAAAGAUCGUCGUUGUCGUUCGUAUUGUAAAAUCUCAGUGUUUUUCCUUUCUCAACGCGGUUGUGACUCAAUAUCGAACAAAAGUUUAUUUUUUUUCUAUCGUUUUAAUAACUCCUUAAUAUUCGUCUAAGUGUUAACGAAAGACAGUUGCGGGGGGCUUUGCGCACGCGGAGCUUCUGCAUCGAUUCGUACUCGCGGGCGUCAGGUUGGUCCAUCGAGCUCGAUUUUGAGGGUCCGAGUUUCAAGCAAAUUGUCUGUCAAGUCCCAAAAAUGGAUCAUUCUGGCGCGAUUAAAAAAAUUUUAUAAUCGUUCGUGUGUCCCCGGUUCGUGUAACGAAAAUUGUGAAAAAAUCAAUGUGCGCGCUUUUUUGUAAUAUUAUUUUGACGAAUGCAUGAAAGAGAUUAAAGAA